GUUAAAAUCACCAAAUCAAGUAGACAUUUUUAGUUUCGAAUCGAAAGAAGUGUUGUUGGAAGUUGAGUGAGGUGGAAAAAAAGGGAUAAUUAAACAUAGGUCGUGUGUGUGAAAAACGGAUAUAAUUUGUCUAUAAUAGAUCUUAUUUUUAUUAAAAAUAUUAUUUUCAACUUAUCACGAGAAUCUUGUAGCAUUUUAAACAGAACAGAGAAAGCUAUGGGAAAAACUCAAAGUAAACGCUCAGUAGAUAUCACCACCGAUAGCAAGAAGGCUUGUGAAGAUGAGGUUACCGAAAAAAUGGAAAAGAUUGAAGAUAUUGAUCAGAAAGUGAUGAACGGAGAUGCAGCUAUCCAGGAAAAAGUUAAUUCAGAGAAAAAGGAUGCUGAAGAAUUGGAGAAUGAUAAGGAUAUUACAACUGAAAAAAAAGUGGACUCGCUGGCAGGUGGCGAUAGUGUGGAUCCUCCACCGGCCGCUGAAACGCCUAAGGACGAUAGCUCGGCCACCGGUGAAGAAAUUUCCCCGCUUAGUGAAGAAAACGGGAAAAAGAAUAAGAAGGAAAAAGUAAAAAAGAAAUGGUCUUUCCGCAGCAUCUCAUUUGGCAAAAAGGAUAAACAAAAGCCACCUAAAAACGAUGAUGAUAUGUCCUGUGCAAAUAAUGGUACAGAAGAGAAAACUGUUCCAAAUACUAAAGAGCCUGAAGAAUCACAAGAGGAUCAUUUAUCAAAUGCUGCCGGAGUUGUUAAUGAACAAACGGCGGAGCAAAAUGAGAAUUGCCAUGCGACUAAUAAGGAUUUAAGCGAACAACAAGGUGAAGAGAAAUUGUCUGAAUCAUUAACCGAUGAGGAAAAUAAAGUCACCACCGUUGUUAAAACUGAAAUAAAUACUAAUGUUCAAAAACAGACUGCCGUAGAACUUGAACAGACUGAAAAACCCAUCAAUAUAACUUCCGAAACAUUUGAUAACAAAGAGACUGCCGAGGUAGUUGUCACUUUUUCAAGCCAAGACGGGGCUUUAAAUAACGUCAACGGCCCAACUGACUCAAUUGAAAUGAAUGGUAAAGAGGCGGCCUUUGAAGUAAUCAAUGAAAAUUUAAAUGAUAAAAGCAUUUCCGGUGAGAUUGCAAAUGAGACUACUACUACUACGACUGCCACCGCCUUUCUGAAUGGUGAAAACACCGAAAAUAUUGAUACGAAUGGGGAAUCUGAACUUGAACAGACCAAGGCGCAAAUUGAGGUAAACACCAAAACUGAUAAGACUCAUGCUGUCACUUUAGAAAAGUUCUCCUCCCCUUCCAUAUCUCCCGUACCCCAAACACAAAUCCAAGAUUUUGAUGAAAAGACCAGGAAUCAGUCCGCUGAUUAUGAUGAAAAAAUCAUCGCAGUAGUUGCAACAGGGACGGAAUGUUCCCAACAACAAAUUGAGGAAAAUAAUGAAAAUUUGCCUCCUCCCCUUCCUAAAUCCCCACCUCCUUCACCGGUCUUCCAAGCCGACAAUACGACUGAAAUUGAAUUAAGAACGAACUACUACGACAUAUCCGAAACUGCAAAGUCUGAAACAUGUUUCCAAGAUGAAUAUAAAGACACAAGCCCGCCAAUUUCCGUCAUAAAGGUAGAUGAUUAUAGAAGACUGCAGGAAGAAGAAGAAUGUUCUAAUGCCGAAAAAGAUUCGGUACAAAAUCUGCAUAAUCCAGACUAUAUACCGGAAACAGAACAACAAGUUAAAGAAUGUGUUAAUAAUCAUGAAACGUCCGUAAUAACCAACAUAUUAGAGAUAAUGCUAGAGGAAGCUUCUAACAUUAAUCAACAAACUGAGAUUAAAACAGAACAAAUAAUUACGGGAGAAGAAAGCCAAGAAGAUAUUAUUAGGACAAAUUCUUCAAGCGAAACCAAUGUAUCUUCUCCGACAAUAAACACAUCGACCGAAGUGGACGAAAGCAAUAUGGCUAUUACGGCGGCAGUGGUCGUUAAUGAAAUUGCUGAAAAAGCCAUGCAAAUUAUGAAUGAAAACAGUUUAUGUCAAAAUGACUUAAACAUUUCGGAUGAGAUGUUUGGACAACCGCAAACGGAAUUGCCUGUAGAAAAGAUCACUUUUGAAAGCAGUAGUAAACAAGAAAUCGAAGAAGUAGAGGAGACAAAUGAACACUUAGUAAAUCCGAAUGAACAAAGGAUGGAAAAGUUGGUUGUUGUUGUUGGAAGCAAAGAAACCUGUUUAACUACUACUACUACUACUACUACUGAUAUUGAAUCCGAAAACGAAACCAAGACCAAUUUACUGUCGUAUCCUUUCGAGACGACAAUCGAAACAAGUGACCAGAUGUCAUAGAAGAUCGAUGGUCUUACGCUAAUUCUCUCAAUAUACAUUCGAGUUUAACUAAG